ACCAGAUGUACCGGCAGAGGCUGCUGGCGGGCGGCAAGCUGGCGGCCGCCGUGGGCUCGUGGUCGCACUGGGGCCGCUGGAGCCGGUGUUCCCGGCCGUGUGGCGGCGGGGUCACCGUGCAGAGCCGCGAGUGCCGCUACAAGGAGCCCAGGACGGAGGGUCGCGGCAAGCGGCGGCGGACGAGGGCGGAGCCCGUGGACUCCAACUCCACGCUGGGCCCCGGGGACCACAAGCUGCCCAGGAGCCAGUGCGUCGGCGUCUACAAGAGGUUCCACAUCUGCAACGACCAGGCCUGCCCCGGCCCCGCCAAGGACUUCCGGCAGCUGCAGUGCGAGAAGUUCAACGGGAAGCAGUUCAUGGGCCGCGCCUAUCUCUGGGAGCCUUUCCUCGACGCUCCCAACCCGUGCGAGCUGAACUGCCGCGCCGUGGGGCAGCGCUUCUACGCGACGCUCAACCAGACCGUGGUGGACGGGACUCCGUGCAAGGGGGCCGGCGCCGGCGACCGCUGGGUGUGCGUCAGCGGGCUGUGCAAGCACGUGGGCUGCGACGGAGUGGUGGGGUCGGCACGGAGGGCGGACGCGUGCGGCGUGUGCGGCGGCGCCAACAGCACGUGCCGCCUCGUGUCGGGACUGUUCACGAUGGCGCGCCUGCCCGAGGGCUACAGCCUGGUGGCGCAGCUGCCGCGCGGCGCCUGCAACCUCACCGUCCAAGAGAUGCAGCCGUCCGCCAACUACCUGGCGCUGCGGCGGCUGGACGGCCAGUACAUCGUGAACGGAAACUGGGCCAUCAACUGGUCGGGCGUGUACGAGGGCGCCGGCACGCACUUCACGUUCCGGCGCCAGGACGCCGCGCGCGGUGACGUCAUCACGGCGCCCGGACCGCUGCUCGAGCCCGUCGACAUCAUGCUGCUGUACCAGCAACCGAACCCUGGCAUCAAGUACGAGUACAUGCUGCCGAUGAGAGCCGACGGCACCACGCCGCCGGUGCCACGACCCGCCCCGGGCGUCGCCGGCAACUCCGUCAUCGCACCGCCAUUCGUCCGGCCAGGCGCCAAGCAGGUACCAGGAGAACAGACAGUCAAGGAUGUUCCCGUACAAGACUGGCCGCACAACCGCAGCCCGGUGUUCCCGUACGGCAGCGGAGUGCUGGGCACGGACAGCCAGCAGGGGGAGGCGCCCCACAAGCCGCCGCCCAAGAGCCGCGGCCGCAAGCGCAAGUUCGCGUGGAAGCUGGCCGGCUUCUCCGAGUGCAGCAAGACCUGCGCCGGAGGCAUGUCGGCGAGCAUGACGGUGUGCGUGCGCGAGUCCACGCAGGUCGCCGUGCCCGACAAGCGCUGCAGCCACUCGGAGAAGCCGCGCCCGCAGCUGAUGCGCUGCAACACCAAGCCCUGCCCCGCUGAGUGGGUGGCCGCCGACUGGGGCGAGUGCUCGGCCACGUGCGGCGACGGCGUGCAGAGCCGCGAGCUGGCGUGCAAGCAGGAGAUCACGGCCAGCCUCACCAUGAAGGUGGCUGACGGCGCCUGCCUGCGGCCCCCGCAGCACGCGCGCACCCAGCCCUGCCACCGCCCUGCCUGCCCGGGCUCCCCGCAGCAGCCCCUCGGCGGCGGCGGCGGCGGCGGCUGGCGUGUCGGCGACUGGGGACAGUGCUCGGCGACGUGCGGCAAGGGCGUGAGGACGCGCGCCGUGCAGUGCGCAGACGCGGACGGCGCGCCGCGCGACGACUGCGCGCAGACUGACCGCCCGGCCGCCGAGGAGGCGUGCAACCAGGGCGGCUGCGGCGAGGCGUCCAAGCACUCCCCGUGGCUCUUCACCGAGUGGAGCCAGCAGUGCUCGGAGGAGUGCGGCACCGGCGUGCAGACGAGGCGCGUGCACUGCUCGGGAGAGACUUGCGACGUCGCCGCGACGCCCGACGACAGCCGCGCCUGCUCCAGCGACAAGCAGUGCAGCGGCAAGUGGUUCGUCGGGCCCUGGGGGACGUGCUCGCCGGGCUGCGGGCCGGGCCAGCAGUCGAGGGACGUGCUGUGCGUGGCCUUCAUCCGCGGCCAGCACCGGGUGGCCCUCGAGAUGAACUGCCCCGUCGCGCUGCGGCCCGCCGGCCAGCAGGCCUGCCAGUCGGCCGCCUGCGAGCCCGACUGGUUCUUCAGCGACUGGACGCCGUGUUCCAGGGACUGCGGCGCCGGCGUGCAGAGGAGGGACGUGCGCUGCUUGGACGACAAGCGCCAGCCGACCUCCGGGUGCCCCGAGGACACCAGGCCUCCGGGCAGGAGGGUCUGCAACGCCCACGACUGCCCGGGCGGCGACAGGUCACCCGGCGGCCUGCUCACGAGGGCGGACGACGAUCCCACGGUGACGAACGGAGCCGGGGACCAGGCGUUGCCAGACGAAACAGCCGACAAAGACUGCGUGGACGCCUACCCGAACUGCCACCUGGUGGUGCAAGCGCGUCUCUGCAAGUACAAGUACUACCGCACCUACUGCUGCCAUUCCUGCCGCAAGAAGUCGUAAGACGGCGCGGAGCCGGUCGCGAGAUGCCCUCGCUUACUCCUCCCCCUUGCCAACCCUCGCCCCUCCCCUCCCCCGGCAUCGACGACCCCCCGGCAUCGACGACCCCCCGGACGGCCGCCCGCCACAGUCUCGGGCAUGGGGCGUGACGAGCCGAACACACUUCUCCAAGUCACAAACAAUUGUGUGUGUGGGAGGGAAACAAAAAAAAAUCAACGUUUCAGUAUCAAUUUCGGGCUUUAGACUAAAAAAAAUAUUGUCUUGAACAAAAAAAAAUAAUACUGUUUAUUUUUUAGGAUUGAGAUGCAUAGGUUAGUUAUCUGUUGUUUGUGUGUAAUAGUUCGACACAGUAAAAAUAUCUUCAAAAGAAGUGGCUAGAAAUACACAUUUACAAGUAUUAUAUGUUUAAAAGUAUUUCAUGUAGUAAUCUGUAAACGUACUUAGAUGUGUCACUGUAUUAUUCCCAAUAAGAAUGGAAAUUUUUAAGUCUCUCAUUACAUUGAUGUAAAGGUCGUAAAACAAAAGACUAGACUAUAUUAUUACUUCCUGGAUAUUUUAAUAUAACCGUUUUAUACCCAACUUUUUCCAACUAUUGCAUAUCACUAUUUGUACCAAAUGUUUUGUCUACCAAGAAGGUAUAAACACUGAGUGUAGUGAGAACAUUUAUUAUGAUAUUGCUGGAUAAUUAUUUGUUUUAGCCAAAUGUAUAAGGCGCAAGAUGAAAUUGUUUUCAUUCAGCCUCUUCAUUCGUGGCUUGAACUCCUGCUAUCUCCUGUCUUUAAUUAACAUUUUUUUUCUUUUUUCGGAAUUAGUGAUGCGAAAUGAAGUUCGCGAGAACGGCUGUGCAGAAUGUUGAUUCCUUCCCCCUCCUGCUCCACCGUAGCGCGGAAUAUUAACAGACUGAUAAUAUUUUCCGACAAGAAAUAUGUAUAAAUGUUACGUGUUCGAAUGUCAUAUCACAGACUUUAUUGUUGGAAACUGUGUAGAUUAUGUAAGUAUUGCUUACUUCUUUCUUAGUCAUUUUUAAAUUUUGUGUGUGUAUAGAUGUAUAUAAUACAAAAAUAACUUAAUUUUUUAAAAUUAU